AUCCACGUUUUUAUUAAUGGAGGAAUCGAUAAUGCAGCAAACACUGGCUGCGUCAUGCUGACCGCCGGAGUUGUCAAAGUCUGGUUUGACAGCUCAAGAAAACCAUUUUGAUCGAUCUGUCAAAAAUUUUCACAAGUAUGGCGACGACUCGACCCGCGUGAUCGUAAAAGUUUAUGCGCGUAGCUGUUUUUUCUAUCUUUUUCUUUUUAAUUCGCACAAGCUGGAUAAACAUUUCGCAGGCCCUCUAGACAACACGCCCGAGCCGAACAAUCGGCGAAGAACCUCCCCCGGACGCAGAAAAGUGUUAAAACUGAUCAGCAGGCUCUCUCGGAACACGUCCGAGUUGUCCACGCCUCCAAGAACCUCGGCCGGACGAAAACAAAGUGCAAAAGCUGUCCAGCAGGCCCUCGUGGCAUCUCGCCGGAGUUGGCCAUUCCCUGGCGAACCUCCACCGGACAAAACAAGUGUCCCGCAGGUCCUCUCGGAACACGCCCGCGUUGACCACUCCUCGACGAACCAGAACCGGACAAAAAAGUGUAAAAGCUGAUCCGCAGGCCCUCUCGGAACACGCCCGAGUUGACCACUCCUCGAAGAACCUCGGCCGGACGAAACAAGUGAUAAAGCUGUCCCGCAGGCUCUCCCAGGCGAAGCUCGACCUGAAGUUUAUUUAAAUUAUUUGCGAAAAUGCCCCGAAAAUGUGCUGUUAUAAAAUGUGGAGCAAUGGAAAGAAAAACCGACACUGGAUUUUACAAAAUUCCUAAGGGGGACCUUGCCAGAGAAGUUCUAAGGCGAAAAUUGUGGAUUAGUGCGGUCAAUCUGAAAGUAGAACACAAAGAGGACUUUGUUUGUGGCCAACAUUUCCAUUCAGGAAAGCCUGCUCCUCCUAACGAUAUAUCAAAUAUCGAUUGGGUUCCUUCAAUAAAUCUAAAUCCUGUGGAUACUUCUCUAGAUUCUUCUCCAGAUUGGGCCUCGGACAAGUGCGAUGAAGAGUGGCUCGAAGAGCACACUUCACAAGAUGCUCCUCAAAAUGUGCCCGACUCGGAAUACCUUUUCUAUGAUGAUGGACCUAAUGAAGACACCAACAACAAUAACAUUACGAACCCUUCCGAGCUUGAUCAAACAAACAUCAGUUUGAUCCACGAUGAACAGCUAGAUGAUGUUAAUCCGGAGGACAUGCAUGGAGAAUUUGACGAAGCUGUUCCGGAGGACAUGAACGUUGACGACCAAGAAAACGAGGAAAACAUUUCCAGGGAAAAUGUCUUGGGGUUACUCCGACAGAUACAACAGUACAAGGAAGAACUUGAGAAAAAAGACGCUGAAAUUUGCUCGCUGAAGAAAACGGUAGAGAAGCAGAACAAAAUUCUAGAGUGCUUUCGGUGGGAUCUUAAUUCAUUUCAAGAUAACGACCGCAAGGUUACACAUUUGACAGGAUUACCGAGUUAUAUUACCUUAGCAGCAGUGGUUGAUUUUGUAAGGCCAGGAAUUAUGGUGUUUUCUGAUGUUUUGAGCAAGGAGCAAGUUAUAAUUAUGGUACUUAUGUACAUUAGGCUAGGUCUAUGCUUUAGUACAUUGUCAGUUUUGUUUCGGGUCUGUACUGCCACGGUAACCCGCUACUUCUAUUCCGGUUUAUACUCUAUGUACAUGCAACUUAAAGGUUUAGUUAAGUGGCCUUCGCCUGAUCUGAUAGCAUCGAACACCCCCGCUAAGUUUCAUAAACUUUAUAAUGCACCCAUAGCUGUUAUACUCGACUGUUUUGAGGUGUUUACCGAGAAACCAGGAGUUAAAGAUGCAAUUGUAAAGAUGUACAGUACGUACAAACAUCAUCACACAGUUAAGGAGCUAAUAGGGAUAACAUCUUUUGGGUCCAUUUCUUUUAUUUCAAAACCCUACUCAGGUAGAACAUCUGAUAAGUAUUUAACUGAAACCUGUGGUUUUUUGGAAAACCUACACAAGGACGACAUUGUUUUAGCUGAUAGGGGCUUCACCAUAAGGAAGGCUGUUCAGGACAAAGGAGCUAUUCUCAAGGUACCCGACUCAUCAAGUAAGAAAAAGCAACUUAGCUCGACAGCAAUCGAAAGAACUCGUGCUCUAGCAUCCAUUCGAAAUGAAGUAGAACGUAGCAUAGGAUCAUUACGACAAAAAUCUGGGAUUUUAAGCACACGUCUUCCAAUCACAUUGUUAAACCACGAGCACAACGGAGUUAAUGUUUUGCACAUGAUUGUCACUCUUGCUUGUGCACUUUUUAACCUGUGUCCGUCAAUAAUUUCAUCAACCUAAAUGUCAGCUAGAUGUUAGAAACGGAAAUAAUAAAACAAAAGUCUUUACUUUACCUCAUAAACAAAUAUCUUUGCUACAUUACAAAAGCAUUUUUGAAUUAGCAAUUCAGCUUAAAACACAAAAGUUAGGUUUAUAACGGGAUAUGUUUUAAUAUCGGAGUACAAAGUUUAGUCAAAAUGAUCAGGCAAAUUUGGUCCACUUAGAUUGUUUUGCUUGAAUUAUUAUGCGCAAAUCUUUAUCUUA